CGGCAAACACCUUAUUUCUUUGGUUCCUCAAUAUACAUUUACCAUAUUACAAUGUAAGCUAUGUGUUACAGCACUACUUUUGGUGUCCCCCUCGGGAAUUGCUCUUGAGAAAAUUUCAUGUAAUUGUCCCCUCCAAAGUUGAUAUCAGAUUUUCGCCCCUGGCGGUAAUGCAACAAUUUGGAAGAACAAAAACAACACAUACACACGUCGGUGACAGACCAGACCUAGAAGAAGAAGAAUUGUUUGUGCUAUGGACAAACGCAAAAAAUAAACUACGUGUGACCCUUGCAAUGAGAAGAGCAAAGCAUGUCACGGAAGCUGUUCUAUGCUGUGUGAUUCUCGUCAUCCACAGGAUUUCUGAAAGUACAUUUUUGACUGUUUUUUGAGCCUAUGUUUUCUCAAGGUAUACGGGUGAUUGGAGGAAGCAGGACUGUGGUACAGGGAGAGGACGUGGACUUAUCCUGCAGUCUGCUAGAGACAGAUGAGGAGCUUGAACAGAUAACAUGGCAGAAAAGGACUCUGGAAGAACCAGAGAACCAUAAUUUCUUCCUUAUUUAUCCCAAUGGGGUUACUGACUUUAUUUCAUCGAAUGGAUUGGAAAAUAGAGUCCAGUUUUUUGGGAACCUGACAGAAAACAUUGGUUCUAUUCGAAUAAAAGCUGCCAGACUGUUGGAUGAAGGCAACUUCACAUGCGUCUUCAGUGUUUUCCCAAGUGGAGUAUACAGCAUAGAGAUACCUCUUACUGUGCUAGUACCUCCAGUGACGAGUGUUACAGUCGAUGUCCCUCCUGUCAUUGGAGAGAAUGAGGUUUUCUUGGCAUCCUGUUUGGCUGCUGGUGCCAAGCCACAGGCAGAAGUGAGGUGGAACACGGAUGCAUUCGGCAGUUUGGUGAGGACGGUGACCAACUCCACCCAGCACGCCAACGGCACCACCACGGUAGUCAGCCACCUGCUCGGGGUGCCAACCAGAGCAGCCAAUCAGCAGCAGGUUCAGUGUGUGGUCAAGCAGUCUGCCCUGGCAACAGAGAGAACCCUGGCCUACACAAUCAACAUCAACUAUCCACCUCAGACAGUGAACAUCACUCUUAGUGAGGCCUCCCCAGCCACAGUGUUCCUAUGUGUAGCAGACAGCAACCCAAAAGCCAUCUACACCUGGACCAGAGUGGGCCAGCCAUGGCCUCAGUCUGCAGUGAGAGCAGAGGGAGACACACUGCACCUCAUCAGCCUCAGCUCUGAGCUGAAUGGCCUCUACACCUGUGAGGCCUCCAAUCCUUACGGACGAGCAACUGGCUCUCAAUAUGUGCAUGUUGUCUCCAAUACAUCUGCUGCCUGUUGGGUUCUACUUGUCAUUAUAUUUCUGAUUGUUGUUGCUGCAGCUGCUGGACUCAUAUGGUACCGGUGGAAAAACGGAAAAUGUCUUUGGAGUUCAUUCAUGGGCGAUCACCAGUUCGAGGCACAAUCACAGGUUGAGGAAGAUGAAGCUGGGGUGUAAACCAAGAGGGCAGAUAAGGAAGAAGUAUCAUAAGGCUUCAAGGCAUCUCCAUGUUAGCAUCACCUACUGGUAUGGCUACUGCUCAGCAUCCGACCGCAAGGCGCUUCAAAUGGUAGUGCGUACGGACCAAUACAUCACUGGGCCCAAGCUUUCUCCCAUCCAGGACUGCUAUACCAGACGGUGUCCGAGGAAGGCCCUAAAUAUUGUCAGACUCCAUCCAUCCCAGUCAUAGUUUGUUCUCUCUGCUACCGCACGGCAAGCUGUAUCGACCAAGUAUAGGUAAAAAAGACUCCUUAACAGCUUCAAUCCAUAAGACUGUUGAACAGUUAAUCAAAUGGCUACCCAGACUAUUUUGUAUUGACCACCCCCCUCCUUUUUUUACGCUUCAACAAGUUACUGAGUAAAGGGUCUGAAUACUUAUGUAAAUGUGAUAUUUCCGUUUGUUUUUUAUACAUGUGCAAAAAAUUAUAAAAGCCUGUUUUUGCUUUGUCAA